AUGAAAAAUUUUUAUCUUCAAUAUUUAAAAACUUUAAGUAAAGAUAAACUAAUAUAUUUGAUUUACAAUCCAUAUCGUAAGCAAAAAGCUAUUAAUCAUGUAUCAUAUAGAACCAUUGCUUUGUUAAUUAGUUAUCACGGCGAAAAAUACAGGGGCUUGGCGGAAUGUAAAGAUGGGGAUUCAAUUGGAAAUCGCAUUAAAAAUGCACUACUUUUGUCUACACUUGCCGAUCAUAUUGUUUAUGCAGGAAGAACAGACAAGGGAGUGUCUGCUAUUGGAAUGGUAGCUUCUGUAAAAAUUAAAUCUUUACUCAGAGAAAAUACAAGCAGAUAUUUUUUGAAUGAUGACGAUAAACACGAAUUUAACUAUCAAGCUAUUUUAAAUAAUUAUUUACCUGAAGAUAUAAGAGUUAUAGGCUGGGCACCAGUUGAAGAUGGAUUUAGUGCUAGAUUUACUUGCAUAAAACGUAAAUAUCGAUAUUAUUUUACCAAUCCAUUUGUAAAAAUUAAAAACCAGAUUCGAUUAAAAUAUGACAUCAACAAAAUGGAAGAAAUGUGUCAAAAAAUAUUAACACUUAAAAAUUUUUAUAAUUUGUCAAAACAUUCAGACAAAAGCGCCCGAUAUAAUCGGACUGUAGAUAUUUGUCAGAUAAUUAAAGAAGGGGAUUUGUACUAUUUAGACAUACAAGCAAAAUCUUUUUUGCAUAAUAUGGUAAGAAAAAUAUUUUGGGUUCUUGAAAUGGCAGGAAAAGACGAAAAUUUUGACUGGGAAAAAAUUGGAACAUCUGAUCCGCAAAAUUUAGUAUUUUAUGAAGCCGUAUUUCCAGUGAAUUUAUGCUUUUUAAAAUCUAAUAAUAAUAUUGAUGCAAUAACAAAAGAUUACAAUACAUGUUUAGCUAAACAAAAAAUUGUAAAACUAAUUUUUGAAUCUCAGCUUAAAUAA